CGCCCCGGCCCUGCGGGAGGAGCGCGCCCAGGGCCUGGUCACCUACCUGACCAUCGGCCAGCCCGAGCCCGCCCUGGUGGUCCGGGGGGUCCGCGACCGCCUGGUGCUCACCUACCCCCACCACGCCCACCCCCUCAAAUCCACGCGGUUUUACCUGCUGGUGGUGGGGGGCGCGGAGCCCUCGCAGGGGCUGCUCUUCUUCCGCCAGGACCAGGCGCACAUCGACCUUUUCGUCUUUUUCUCGGUGUUUUUUUCCUGUUUCUUCCUCUUUUUGGCCGUCUGCGUGCUGCUCUGGAAGGCCAAGCAGGGCCUGGACGCGCGGCACGAGCGGCGCCGGCACCGCCAGGAGAUGUCCAAGAUGGCGGCGCGGCCCUUCGCCAGGGUCACCGUGUGCUUCCAGCACGGCGGCUACCAGCCGAGGGCCGUGGGCUACCGCGGGGUGGGGGGCGGCCACCAGAAUGCCGGGGGUGGCUACCAAAAUCCUGGGGGGAAUUAUCAAAAUUCUGGGGGGAAUUAUCAAAAUUCUGGGUGUGGCUACCAAAAUUCUGGAGGUGGCUACCAAAAUUCUGGAGGUGGCUACCAAAAUUCUGGAGGUGGCUACCAAACUUCUGGGGGUAAUUAUCAAAAUUCUGGAGGUAAUUAUCAAAAUUUUGGGGGUGGCUACCAAAGUUCUGGGGGUAAUUAUCAAAAUUCUGGGGGUGGCUACCAAAAUUCUGGAGGUGGCUACCAGAAUUCUGGGGGUAAUUAUCAAAAUUCUGGAUAUGGCUACCAGAAUUCUGGAGGUGGCUACCAAAAUUCUGGAGGUGGCUACCAAAGUUCUGGGGCUGGGGAGAGGAAUUUGGGGUCGGGCAAGCAAAAUAAGGGGUUGGGCUACCAGGAUUUGGGGGUGGGCAACCAGAAUUUGGGGUCGGGCAAGCAAAAUAAGGGGUUGGGCUACCAGGAUUUGGGGGUGGGCAACCAGAAUUUGGGGUCGGGCAAGCAAAAUAAGGGGUUGGGCUACCAGGAUUUGGGGGUGGGCAACCAGAAUUUGGGGUCGGGCAAGCAAAAUAAGGGGUUGGGCUACCAAGAUUUGGGGUCGGCAGAGAGAAAUCUGGGGCUGGGCCACCAAAAUUUGAGGCUUGGCCACCAAGAUUUGGAGCUGGGCCACCAAAAUUUGCAGCCCGGCGGCCAAAACGUGAAACUGGGGAGCCAAAAUUCCCCCGGGGAGCCCCAAAAUCCCCACGUGGGCCACCAGAAUCCUCCCUCGGGUGGCCCAAAUUCCCAGCCCCCACCUUGGAACCCCCAAAAUCCUCUCCGGGACCCCCAAAAUUCACCUUUGGACCCCAAAACUUCACCUUUGGACCCCCAAAAUCGUCAGUUUGGCCACCAAAAUGCCACUUUAGACCCCAAAACUUCACCCCUGGACCCCCAAAAUCCCCG